AUGCAACAACGUUGGGGGGAACUACAACGACAUCGACAACUUCAACAACUGCGACAACAACAACGACAACCACCACGACGACAACAACAACGACAACGACGACGACCACCACUACAACCACAACCACAACGACGACAACAACGACAACGACCACCAGCACCAGCACUACAACAACAACAACAACCACAACGACAACAACAACGACAACAACGACAACAACCACAACAACAACCACAGCAACAACAACAACAACAAAAACAACAACUACCGGUAAGCAAUAAGCUAAAUAAAUGUUAA